CAAUGGGAUGUGUCUCCUCGGUGUGAGGCUUCUCCGAGCAUCUUCUCAUUAUUGAAUGUGAAGCAAACACCUCCAGAGAACAUGUCUGUCAUCUAUGUGUCCAAGAGGAAAAUCACAAGGCCUGAAAGAAAGCCUCAAAUAGGAGACACAAAAAUGAUGGAUAAAGUGGUUGCAGUGUGUGGCGGUGUUCCAUCUAUGACUGAAGAGGCAAGUCAACAAAAGAUAAAAAGAACAUACCGCAGGAAAAAAUACCAUGAUCUACAGCCAGUCUCCACUGAAGAUGUUCCUACAGAAGAUGGGUCAUCGUGCACUCCGGUGGUCCAUACUGACUCUGUGAAUGGCUCGAAAACACAACCUGUUGUUUAUGGUGCUGCCACUGCAUGCAGGACAAGGGACAAGGUUGGCUCUGGUUUGGAGCUUCUGAGAGAGAGAGUUCCUGUAAUAGUUCCUGUAGCACAGUACACUCAGAGGAGUCCCUUAGCUAACAGCAGAGCUCAGAGGUCAGAGGUCUAUUGCAUGAAGAAGGAGAUACCGAGUUACCCUCCAGGAAGUCAAGAGGAGGCCUGGCAGCUGCAGAUUUUAGCCAAGGGCCGAGUGACUUGCCCCAAGUGUAAACGUGUAGGAAGAAAAACAGUGGAGGGACUAAAAAAACAUAUGGUAGCCUGCAAACUGCAUGUAUUUAAAUGCACACAUUGUGGGAAACAACUAAAGACUUCAACUGGAAUGAAGUACCACCUCAUGGCUGACCACAAUAAACUGCCCACCCCGGAUGAUGGACGUGACCUGGACGACCAUGCAGUGAAAGAAAAACUGAGAAAAGUGCUAAAAAGGUUGGGAAAAUUAAAAUGUUCAAAAGAGGGGUGUACUGGCAGCUUCACAAGUAUAAUGGGUUACGUUUAUCACAUGAAGAAAUGCGGUAAGGCGGAGUCUGAGCUGGAGAAGCUCCUAAUGAACUGCAAGCACUGUGGGAAGCCUUAUCGCUCCAGAGCAGGACUGGAGUACCAUCUAAGAUCGGAGCAUGGUCCAGGACCCCAACAGACUGAGGCAAAUGGCCAAAUGGCAUCCAGUCUGGAGUGUGAAUCCGGUGCCAGGGCCAAACGCACAUCUGCCCAGGUGGCUAUUUUCCAUCUGCGUGAGAUCGCCAACCAGGAGCUGUUCAAGGAGUGGCCCAAGAGGAAGGUACAGCGAGACCUGGUCCCCGAUGACAGGAAGCUACGUUAUUCCCGCCCCGGAUUGCCCGCCUUCAGCCAGGAGGUCUUGCGAAAGUGGAAGAAUGAGGUGAAGCUGAACAGAAAAAUGCAGUGUCCCAACAAGGGUUGUGGCUGUUACUACACAAGUGUGUCAGGUCUAAAGGCUCAUCUGGGACUUUGCACCCUGGGCAACUUUCGGGCCGGGAAAUACACAUGCCUGAUAUGUAAGAAAGAGUUCAACUCAGAGAGUGGUGUGAAAUACCACAUCAACUCUGUUCAUUCCCAGGACUGGUUUGUGGUCACGUCCAAGGCCAAGAGUUUCACCUCCAGCAGAAAGCUCAAGCCAAAGAAGCCGCGGGCACCAAAUCCAGCUCUCCCUUUCCCCCAGGAUUCCUGCACCCGGCAGGACAAACAGCCUCCAGCUGAUGUUCAGAAGAGUGAAUCCAUAUGCCCAGAAACAUCAGAGAGGAAAACAAAUGAUGAAAAAAAGAGCAGAAAGUGCAAAUUGAGUACAAAGGAGAAAGACUGCACUGACAGCCAGAGCGGCAGCAGCAGUACAAGUGCGAGCUCCAGCAGUGAGUCAGAAGCAGAGGCUCCAGGAAAUGAGACCACAACCUCAAGCUGAGAAAGAUGUGAAUGAUCACCAAGCCAUUCCUCUGAUAUGUGAUACUUUUCAAUUCCCUUUUUAAGCAUUUUACUUUUUUUUAAAUAUCUGUGGUUUUUAGGUGUGUUUGUGUUGCACAGGGUCUGACUGACAUGGCAGUCAGAGGUGUACAGUCUAAUCCUUUGCUACUGCAGUAGUGGAGACUCAAGAAAACUGUGCUUUUCUGCUUCACACCUAAAACAGCAGUUAAACCAAACUGAAAAUAAUGUGCCUAGUGAAAAAGCCACUUCAUCACUUCAUUUAGGUGAACCAAUGUAAAUUUGUGAACCUUUGUCUUGUGAGCCAAUGGGUUACAUGACGUUUAGCUUUACAGAACCUUCAUAUAGCUCCAGGGAUAAAAAAAAAAUGUUGAUGUGUGAAGGCAGUUUGGGUUGUUGUGUGUGCUUGUGUAUGUACAUGGAGUUUAUUCAAUAACAAAUUUUGGGGGAAAAAAACUCGCUGCCCUUUAAGCUACAGAUGCUCUUCCAAAAUGACUGGUCAAUUUUACGUAAUCUCCUAAAGUCGUCAUUUGAAGGCC